GACGUCACCCGACUGGACGUGUCUGCCCGGGGUCAGCUCGUUUCUGUAAAGUGAGAGAUCAACCGGAAGCGGAGAGGUCAGAGCUGUCUGUGCGCCCCGGGGUGUGGCGGGUGACGGACGGGAUGUCACCGGCGGCCUGAUAGCCCGGAGAGUGCAGCGCCCCCUGCUGACCUGUGUGUGCUAACCUCUGUGUCCUGUGUCUCAUAGCCUGUCCUAUAACCUGGUCCAGAGCUCAGCUGUCGCCAUGACUACCGUUACCAGGGCCGCCAUGAUGUCCCUUACUACAGUAUAGUGUGUGUGGCUCUCACCGGGCACCACAUCCAUCACCGUUCAUUUUCUUGUGCGCAGAAUCCGCUGCCCUCGCCAGGAUGCACGCCCGACUGGUGUCAGAUGUCUGGGGGCACGUAAGAUGGCGUGGCUGGCGCUGUGUGUGCCCCCCGCAGAGGACGGCCUCCACGGGCGCGCAGCCUCUGCCGCCACGUGCCCAGGUGGUCAUCUGCGGAGGAGGAAUCACCGGGGCCUCUGUGGCCUAUCACCUGACAAAGCUGGGCUGGCACGACAUCGUAUUACUGGAGCAGGGCAGGUUAGCCGCUGGCUCCACGCGUUUCUGUGCUGGUGCAGUGAGCACAGUCAAACACAUUUCAAUAGAGACAGAAAUGGCCGAUUACUCAAACAAACUUUAUCAGCAGCUGGAAGCAGAGACCGGGGUCCCCACAGGUUACAAGAGGACGGGCUCCAUCUUGCUGGCUCAGACGCAGGAUCGGCUGAUAUCUCUGAGGCGGAUGGUGUCCCGGUUAAGAAUGAAGAGCAUUCCAUGUGAGAUCAUCACACCCAAGCAGGUUGGCGCUCUCCACCCCCUCAUUAAUAUUCAUGACCUGGUUGGAGCAAUGUACGUACCGGAGGAUGCAGUGGUGUCUACAGCGGACGUAGCGCUGGCCCUGGUAACUGCCGCCCGAAGUAAAGGCGUCCAGGUCCAUGAGCAUACCACUGUCAACCACGUACUGGUGGAGCGAGGUCAUGUGAGCGGCGUGGACACCGACCGCGGGCAGAUCGAGUGCGAGUACUUUGUGAACUGCGCAGGCCAGUGGGCUUACGAGCUCGGUCUGUCUAAUGAAGAACCGGUCAGUAUUCCUCUUCAUGCUUGUGAGAACUUCUACCUCCUGACUCGCCCACUGCGCACGCCACUGAAGGACACCACGCCAAGUGUUGUGGACCCUGAUGGGAGGAUUUACAUCCGCAACUGGCAAGGUGGGAUCUUGUCUGGAGGCUUCGAGAAAAACCCCAAACCCAUCUUUACAGAGGGCCGAAGCCAAAUGGAAAUCCAGAACCUGCAGGAGGACUGGGAUCAUUUUGAACCGCUGCUCAGUGCUCUGCUGCGCCGAAUGCCAUCCCUGGAGGCGCUGGAGAUCCUGCGUCUUGUCAACUGCCCAGAAUCCUUCACUCCAGACAUGCGCUGUGUAAUGGGGGAGAGUCCCACCCUUCUGAGAUACUUCACCCUCGCUGGAAUGAACUCUCAAGGCUGCUCUCUUGGAGGAGGGGCUGGAAAGUUCCUUGCAGAGUGGAUGGUCUAUGGUUAUCCUCAAGAUAACGUGUGGCCCCUGGACAUCAAGCGCUUUGGAGCCUUGCAGAGCAGCAGGACCUUCCUGCGGCACAGAGUGAUGGAGGUGAUGCCUCUCAUCUAUGACUUGAAGGUGCCACGUUGGGAUUUCCAGACUGGACGACAGCUGCGCACCUCCCCCCUCUAUGAUCGGCUUGAUACUCAGGGGGCCCGAUGGAUGGAGAAGCAUGGAUUUGAGAGGGCCAAGUACUUUGUACCCCCUGGGAAAGAUCUGCUGUCUCUUGACCAGAGCAAAACCUUCUAUAAACCGGACUGGUUUGAUAUUGUUGGCUCUGAGGUGAAGUGCUGCAAGGAGGCCGUGUGUGUCAUCGACAUGUCCUCCUUUACCAAGUUUGAGAUCAGCUCCCCUGGGGACCAGGCUCUGGAUAUCCUCCAGUAUCUGCUCUCCAAUGAUGUGGAUGUUCCUGUGGGGCACAUUGUCCACACUGGGAUGCUGAACGAGCGCGGAGGAUACGAGAAUGACUGCAGCGUGGUGCGGCUGCAGAAACGCACCUUUUUCGUGAUCUCCCCCACAGACCAGCAGGUCCAUUGCUGGUCAUGGCUGAAGCAGCACUUGCCGAGUGACAGUGACUUGUUUCUGGAGGACGUGACCUGGAAAUACACAGCUUUAAACUUGAUUGGCCCCCGAGCCAUGGAUGUGCUGUCGGAGCUUUCCUAUGUCCCAAUGACCCCGGACCACUUCCCAUCAUUGUUCUGCAAGGAGAUGAGCGUAGGAUACGCCAAUGGGAUCCGGGUGAUGAGCAUGACGCACACUGGGGAGCCGGGCUUCACCCUCUACAUUCCCAUUGAGUACGCACUACACGUCUACAAUGAGAUCAUAAGUGUGGGACAGAAAUAUGGAAUCCGCAACGCUGGUUAUUACGCCCUGCGGAGUCUGCGCAUCGAGAAGUUCUUUGCAUUCUGGGGUCAGGAUCUGGACCCGUUCACAACUCCGCUCGAAUGUGGCCGGGAGUUCCGGGUCAAGUUGGACAAGGGCUGUGACUUCAUCGGCCGCGACGCCUUGCUGCGCCAGCGUGAAGAAGGGAUAUUUAAACGCUUCACAAUGUUCAUCUUGGAGGAUCACGACACAGACCUGGACUUGUGGCCCUGGUGGGGGGAGCCGAUCUACCGGAACGGCGAGCACGUGGGCAAGACGACCAGCAGUGCCUAUAGCUACACCUUGGGGCGACACGUGUGUUUGGGGUUCAUUCACAGCCCUCAACCUAUUACCCCAGAUUUUAUCAACCGAGGAGAGUACGAAAUCGAGAUCGCCGGCCAAAGGUUCCAGGCCAAAGCCAAACUGUACCCCUUCAGCUCCCUGUUCACACAGAGACGCAGGAAGGAUGACAUGGAGCUGGGAUUCUGAGCUGAGGGACUGGAGGGGUUAAUGCCGCGGCCAUUUUGCACGCAGGUGGUUGAUGCCUCGUUCAGCGCGGUGUCACUAAGGUGCUCCUGACGGGUUGGCGGGUAGGGUCUCUGUUGUGUCCCGCCGUGCAGAUGAUACAUGUGCCCUGGUGGAGAGGGUCACAGCAGCCCACCCUAGUGGCUGUGGUAUGAGGCCCUGACUGACCUGUUGGUUUUUAUCUGUUUUAUUCUGAUUUUACGCCAUGUUUAUCUAGCCUUCCUGACGGUGAACUUGCAGUCCUGCCGUGGCGGCUCCGAUACCAGGAGAGAAGCUCGGAGGCCGCUCCACGGCUGGAGCGCACUGAAUGAUGGCCGCCGCCACUGUGAGACUGCCCCGUGCUGGCUGCUCAUGGCCUGGACACUUUUAUUAUCACCGGGUGGCCUAAGAAGAGAUGGGUGCUUCCCCCGAUGAAUAGUACAACCCUCCGCCAUGUUUAUAUCGUUUUUACUGUUCUUGUAUAUACAGGAGCUGACAAUAAACACCUGCUCAUGUGCGGGCGCCGCUUAUCUCUGGA